CAUAAACCUUCUUAAAGCAUUCCAACCAAUCAUCACCACUCGAACCAAGUAAACACCACGACCACCAUCUAGUCACUCUUUUCCUUUUAAUUUCUUCCAUUCCUUUUUUGUGUUUCCCUCCAUAUCAACCCACUCCGUUUGGAACCUAGGAAGAAAAAAUGGCUGAAGGUGUGCUCUUUAGUAAUGCGGAGGAAAUAAUAAAGAAACUAGGUACCCUAGCUGCUGAGGACGUUGCACUGUGGUGGGGGCUCAAAGAUCAAUUAAGGAAGCUCACUGACACUGUGACCAAGAUUAAGGCUAUGGUUCCAGAUGCUGAGCCUCGGAAACAGAAUCAUGAAAUCGAAGAGUGGCUCAAGAAGCUGCAAGAAGCUGUAUUUGAUGUGGAGGAUGUGCUGGACAAUUUUUCAACACAAGUUCUGCGAAAACAGUUGAUGUCUGGUAAUGGAGUUUCGAGGGAGGUAUGUGCUUUCUUCUCAAGAUCAAACAAAUUUGUGUAUGGUUUACGAAUGGGUCAUAAAGUUAAAGCACUUAGGGAGAGACUACAUGGCUUUGAAACUGAGAGUCGUGGAUUUAACUUUGAUGUUCGUGAUGAGGAGAGAGCUUCUUUGACUACUGUCAGGGAGCAAACUACCUCCCCUGAACCUGAAGUUCUAGUUGGGAGAGAAAGUGACAUAGCGGCAGUAAAACGUUUUCUGCUGGAUUCCAAUGAUUUAUCAUACUACAGUCGUGCCAUCUCCAUAGUUGGAACAGCUGGGUUGGGGAAGACCACACUAGCUCAACAUGUUUUCAAUGAUGAGCAAGUUGAUAGGCACUUUGGUGUGAAACGCUGGGUAAGUGUGUCAGGUGGCUUAGAUGUUAGAAAGAUUCUCAAAGGGGUUGUAGAAAGUGAUUCUGAUCAGUUAGAGAUUCUGAAAAAUGAAAUUAAAAAUAAAUUUGGACGAAAAUUUUUUCUUCUUGUAUUAGAUGACGUGAGGGAUGGUGAGGAUGGUCUAAAUGCUAAAAAAUGGAAUAGUUUGAUGGAGUUGUUAGUAUGUAAAAAGAUAGUGGUAACUACACGUUCUCAUGCAAUUGCAAAACUCACAAUAGCACCGCAUGUUUUAGAAGGUCUAUCAGUAGAUGAGUCAUGGGAUCUUUUUAGAAGAAUGGCAUUUUGUCAAGGUCAGGAGUCGGAGCAUGUAGAUGAAAAGAUUAGAGAAGAGAUCGUGGGUAGGUGUCGUGGAGUUCCUUUGGUCAUAAAGGCAAUCGCGAGGUUAUUGUCUUUGAAAGAUAGAGCCCAGUGGUUAUCCUUUAUAUUAAAUGAACUUCCAUAUAGAAUUAGAGAUUAUAACAUCAUACAGACCCUUGAGUUAAGCUAUGGUGCUCUUCCAUCGUAUAUGAAGCAUUGUUUUGCCUACUGUAGCUUAUUUCCAAAAAACCAUGAGGUAGAUGUGAGAUCAUUGAUUCAACUUUGGAUUGCACAAGGGUUCAUUAGCUCUUCAAAUUCAGGUGAUAGGUGUCUUGAAACUGCUGGUCUUAGGUGCUUCGAGGAUUUAUUUAGGAGGUCAUUCUUUCGUGAAGUGAAAAGGGAUGAUUUGGGUAACAUAAUAAGUUGCAAAAUGAAUAGUCGUAUGUAUGAUGUUGCAGCUAAAGUUGGUGCUUUUGAAAGCACUAAAGUGGAUGGUGGAAGAAAUAGGAUUAGUGAUUCGACUCGGCACGUGUCACUUGACGAGGAUUUGAAUUUUCCACCACAUAUUCAAAUUCCGUUGCCUCGUGCAAAACGUCUAAGAACACUUAUAUUGCAAAGUGUCAAAUGGGAUGAGGGAACAUGGGAGUCAAUUUGUCGAGACUUUAGGCGUUUACGAGUGCUUGUUUUGCCUAAUUUAACAAUUAGGAAAGUGUCGCCUCUCAUUGAAAAGCUCAAGCACCUUAGAUAUCUUGAUCUUUCUAAUAAUCACAUGGAGGCACUUCCUUAUUCUAUCACCAAUCUGAUAAAUUUGCAAGUGCUCAAGCUCAAUAGAUGUAAGAACCUUAAAAAACUACCGAGAGAUAUCAAUAAACUUAUUAAUCUGAGGCAUCUUGAUCUUGGUUUAUGUCGAAGUUUGGAGUACAUGCCUCUUGGGAUUGGGAAAUUAACUUAUCUACAAACUUUGUCGUAUUUUGUGGUUGCAAAAAAUAGUAGUCAUAUGUCCAAAAAUAUUGGUGGAUUGGAUGAGUUCAGUGGGCUAAAUGAAUUGACCAUAGAGUGGGAGUGGGAUGAUGGUAGUGAUUCAGAUACUUAUUUGUAUGAUAAAAUGUUGCUAAGCCUCCAGCCAAACUCGAAUCUUCAAGAGUUGAGAUUGAUAGAGCAUGGAGGUGUGAGCUUUCUAAGUUCGCUUUCACAUCUCUCAAAUCUUGUAAGGAUUCGUCUAGAAAAGUGUAGAAGACUUGAGCAUAUCCCUCCCUUAGAUGGAAUCCUUUCUCUUGAGGUAUUGUUGAUUGAAGAUAUGGAAAGAUUGGAGUACAUAGAUAGUGAGGGGGUUGGAGGGAAAGGAGUGUCAAUGUUUUUCCCAUCUUUAAAGAAACUUGUGAUCAAGAGUUGUGGUAGACUGAAGGGAUGGUGGAAGAAGAGCAAAGAUGAGAUGAAUGAUGAUAGUGAUGAGUCAACAAUAGAAGAAGAGUUGAUAAUGCUUUAUUUUCCACGUCUUUCUUCCUUGAGCAUUUAUAAGUGUCCAAAUCUGACUUCAAUGCCGCUGUUUCCAACUCUCAAUGAAAGUCUUUAUUUGAAGGAAACCAGUUCAAUGCCAUUACAACAGACAAUGAAGAUGAAAUCACCAGUCUCUUCUUCUUCUUCUUCUUCUUUUAUGCAUCCUCUCUCCAAAUUGAAGAAUCUAGAUAUUGAUUCAGUUGGGGAUAUGGAAUCUCUUCCAGAAGUAGGGCUGCAAAAUCUCUCUUCUCUUCAACAGCUAUCGAUCAGAGGAUGCGGAAGAUUGAAUUCUCUACCACUGCCUGAUCAGGGGAUGCAUUCUCUUCAGAAAUUAGAUAUCAGUAACUGCCCGGAAUUGAGAUUGUUAGACUAUAGAGGUGUGAGGUUUCCAAGUUGGUUUUCAAAUGUUGUAAGGAUUCGUCUAGAAAUGUGUAGAAGACUUGAGCAUAUCCCUCCCUUAGAUGGAAUCCUUUCUCUUGAGGUAUUGUUGAUUGAAGAUAUGGAAAGAUUGGAGUACAUAGAUAGUGAGGGGGUUGGAGGAAAAGGAGUGUCAAUGUUUUUCCCAUCUUUAAAGAAACUUAUGAUCAAGAGUUGUGGUAGGCUGAAGGGAUGGUGGAAGAAGAGUAGAGAUGAGAUGAAUGAUGAUAGUGAUGAGUCAACAAUAGAAGAAGAGUUGAUAAUGCUUUCUUUUCCACGUCUUUCUUCCUUGAGCAUUUAUAAGUGUCCAAAUCUGACUUCAAUGCCGUUGUUUCCAACUCUUGAUGAAAGUCUUUAUUUGAAGGAAACUAGUUCAAUGCCGUUACAACAGACAAUGAAGAUGAAAUCACCAGUCUCUUCUUCUUCUUCUUCUUUUAUCCAUCCUCUCUCCAAAUUGAAGAAUCUAGAUAUUGGUUCAGUUGGGGAUAUGGAAUCUCUUCCAAAAGUAGGGCUGCAAAAUCUCUCUUCUCUUCAACGGCUAUCGAUCAAUGGAUGCGAAAGAUUGAAGUCUUUGCCACUGCCUGAUCAGGGGAUGCAUUCUCUUCAGAAAUUAGAUAUCAGUAACUGCCGGGAAUUAAAGUGUCUAUCUCAAUCUGAAUCCCAAGGGAUGAUACCCUACCUUCCCUCUUUGCGGGAAUUAAGAAUCAUUGAUUGCAGUAAAGAGCUGAGUCGAAGAAUAAUAAUAAGGGGGGGAAAGGAGUGGCCUCACAUUAAACACAUUCCUAGUAUUGUAAUUGAUGGCUAUGGCAUUCAACAGUGAGAUGUGACAUUUAAGAUAUUACGAUCACAGUUUUUUCAGCGUGCAUAUUUAAAGGUA